AUGAACCAUCUGCUCAAGACAUCCAGGCUGCUCCUGUCUAAGACACCAGCACUGCCAGCCCUCCUCUCGCAGUCCCGCGCCUUGUCCGAUGCGACAAAGACCGCCAUCGAGUCUGCCAUCGCCGCAUCCCCCGUCGUCCUCUUCAUGAAGGGCACACCCGAGCAGCCCAUGUGCGGCUUCUCCCGUGCGACUAUCCAGAUCCUCGGUCUUCAGGGAGUCGACCCAAAGAAGCUGUCUGCCUUCAAUGUCCUCGAAGACCAGGAGCUGCGCGAAGGCAUCAAGGAGUUCAGCGAGUGGCCGACCAUUCCACAGCUAUACGUCAACAAGGAGUUUGUCGGAGGCUGUGAUAUCCUCGUUGGUAUGCACCAGAGUGGCGAACUAGAGACCUUUUUGGAGAAGGCCGAUGUGCUUGUACCGCCAGUCUCUGCCACAGACGCAGACGGUGCACGGCCGCCUCAGGGAGCAUGA